AGUUCUUCAGGCACCACUUCUGCUCACUGGAUCUGUGUCUAACGGGGGUGCAGCUAGCUGCUGGAGAGGAGUCCUGACCCAGGAGGAAGGAGGCCUGCAGAAAGCCUCAGCUGUUCCACAGACUUGGAGAAGCUCCCCAGUAGGAAGAUGAUGAAGUGGUUCAGUGCCAUCCUUGCAGUGAUUUUGCUGAUGGACUGGAGAAGCUGGGCUCUCGAGAGUUGCCUCCAGGAGCAGCAGAGGCUCAGAGACCAGCUGAGACUCCUGGAGGCCCAGGUCAAACAGCAGCAGGUGAGGAUUGAACAGCUCCUCCAGGAGAAGGAGCUUCAGCUGCUUGAACGAGGAGACGAAAAGAGCAUCCCCCACCUGAGAGGAAGCAGGCAGUAUGCAGACUGUUCGGAGGCGUUCAAUGAUGGCCACCAGCUCAGCGGUUUCUACAAAAUCAAGCCCCUACAAAGUCCAGAAGAGUUCUUGGCUUACUGCGACAUGGAGGAUGGAGGAGGCUGGACCGUGGUGCAGAGGCGCUCUGAUGGCUCAGAGGACUUUGACAGGAACUGGGAUGACUACGAAAAAGGUUUUGGAAAUUUUGUCCAAAAAGAUGGCGAAUACUGGCUUGGGAAUAAAAACCUCCACUUCCUGACCGCCCAACGAGACUACACUCUGAAGAUCGAUCUGGCUGACUUUGAAGGAGAACACCGUUUCGCACAAUAUGAAAGCUUCCGAGUUGGCAAUGAAAAGAGUGCCUAUGAACUGAGCUUCAGGGAAUACUCGGGCACAGCGGGAGACUCACUGGCCGGGAGCUUCCAUCCUGAGGUCCAGUGGUGGGCCAGUCACCUACGAAUGAAAUUCAGCACUCGGGACCGAGAUAAUGACAACUAUUCGGGGAGCUGUGCCAAGGAGGACCGAGCAGGCUGGUGGUACAACAGGUGUCACUCAGCAAACCUCAACGGUCUGUACUACCAAGGGGCAUACACCGGAGAAACGGACAAUGGCAUCGUUUGGUACACCUGGCACGGGUGGUGGUAUUCUCUGAAGUCCGUGGUCAUGAAGAUCAGGCCCAGUGACUUUGUGCCCAAUAUCAUUUAAAUGGGCAUCGUUCUGUGUUAAAAACCAUUGAUGGGGGCGAUGCUUCUGGUAAGGGAUGGACGCCAUUUAUCAUUUGGCACACUUCCGAUGAAGAAAAUGUAAUGAGAAAUUAAGUAAAUAAAUGGUGGUGAUGAAGAGGAAAAGGUA